GGGCUGAUGUGCACGAAUCCGGCUAACAUAGAAAAAAAAAAAGAAAAAAAAAAGUACCCGAAACUAGCUAAGACACGCACAGUAUAAUUAGGAGUUAGCUAGCCAAAGCUCCCCCUAUCCCGCAAGUGCCGUCUCGGAGGCCUAGAGAACCUUACCCGUUCCCUAACCUACCUAGGUAACUAAUACAGCUCGCUUUUUCCCGCUUUCCCUCACGAUGUCCGAGGUCUUCGACGUAGUUAUCGCCGGCGGGGGGACGGCCGGUCUCGCGCUCGCCGCUAGGCUCUCCGAGGACCCAGGCUUGCAAGUAUUAGUCCUCGAAGCCGGCGAGGACUUAACCGAGGAUCCCAGAGUGAAUACCCCCUUUCUGGCGAGCUCGCUCGUCCACAGCUCCGCCGACUGGCAGUUCAGAACCGUUCCGCAGGCAGGACUAGGAAACAGGGAAAUAUGUGUUCCUCUGGGUCGAUUGCUGGGGGGCUCCAGCGCGCUUGAUUACUUCCUAUUCUCGGCCCCUUCCAAGCGCAACGUCGAGGCUUGGUCCGCUCUGGGCAAUUACGGCUGGGACUGGCCGUCCUUCUCCGAUUCUCUGCGGAGAACGUACACCUUGACGAAGACCUCCGGGGAAGUAGUGGGAGAUGGACCGCUCGAACUCAGCUUCCCCGAGGAUACCGAGUGGCUGAGGGUGUGGAAAGAAACGCUCGCGAAUCUCGGAUAUCCCACGUCUCUGGACUCGCUUUCCGGGGAAUUCUACGGCGCUUAUUUAUCCGCGAUCAGUGUUGACGCUGCUACCAAGCAUAGAAGCUAUUCAGCCAAUGCGUAUCUUCUGCGGGCGCGGUCCCGACAGAAUUUAGUCGUAUAUACGGAAACAUUAGUCGAAAAAGUAAUUUUCGGCGGGUCGGAACCUCUUAGAGCGACUGGUGUCCAGUAUAACCAAGGGGGGCUUACCAAGAUAGCGACGGCGCGAAAAGAAGUCGUACUCAGCGCGGGCGCGAUCAAUUCGCCGAAGAUCCUCGAAUUAUCUGGCGUCGGGGACUCGGAGCUCCUGAAAUCGCUCGGGAUCGACGUGGUAAUCGACAACAAACACGUAGGUGAGAACCUUCAAAGCCAUCCCUCGGUCAGCAUGUGCUUCGAGGUUGUGGACCAGGAGGGCUUCGAGACCCUGGACGGCAUCCUCCGGGGCGAAGCACCUGCUUUCGCCGCCGCCCAGGCAGACUACGAUAAGCAGAUCGGGUUCGGAACGAGGGGUAACCUCGAAGUCGCCGCGCAGCUGCCCGUACCUGGUAUCGAAACCCCUGAAGUGAAACAGGAGAUCGAAAAGUUGUUAGAUGACAAGCGGGUUGGUGGUGAUAAUGGUAACGGUGGUAAUGCCUCAGGGAAAACUACCGAAGCCUUCGCGAGCGCGCACGAAAAGUUCGUCCGCUCCGUACUCACCUCGCCCACCGAGCCCUCAGCGACGUACUACACGAUCCCGGGCUUCGCGCCAUCCGCCGCGGACGGGGCGAUCGUCGGUCCGCCCCCGGGCCACGAGAAGUACUAUUCCGCAACGAUAACCCUGAGCUACCCUCUAUCCCGGGGCUCCGUGCACAUAGCAUCGUCAUCCCCCCCAUCGUCAUCACCACCACCAACCCCUUCUCCUUCCGCUUUCUCCCACGCCAUCGACCCCGCCUACCUCUCGCACCCCCUAGACCUCGAGAUCCUCGCGCGCCACCUGUCCUUCCUGCAGCACGCCAUCAUCUCCACUACCCCCUUUUCCAAGCAAGUCGUGCCGGGCGGGAAACGGUUCCCCGACGACACAACCCAAGCCCCUACCCCGACCCCGUCGCCGUUGCUGCUCGACGCCGCGCGCCGGUACGUGCGCGACUGGGCGACGGGCUCGCACGCCUUCGCCGGGUCGUGCGCCAUGCUGCCGCGGGACGCGGGCGGCGUCGUCGACGACCGGCUCAGGGUCUACGGAUGCGCCAACCUGCGCGUCGUCGAUGCGAGCGUUUUCCCCGUCGUCGUCGGCGCCGGCCCUGUCGCCUGCGUGUACGCGCUUGCGGAGCACGCGGCGAAGAUUAUGAAGCAUGAUUUGGGGUCGGCGUCGGCGUCGAGGUCGGCGUGAGUGCGGAGAUGGCUGUUUGAAAAACUAUCCUAUAGAGAGAAAGAAGGAGGGAGAAGGGGAGAGAAGGGGAGGGGAGAGAGGAUAUAAGAAAAAGAUGCUGCUGGCUUCUAGUUGCAAAGGUUAUGAUUUGGGGGGCCUUACUAGGUACCUAGGUACUUACUACUUACCACCCUAAGUUAUUUUAAUCUACUGUGAAUAGUUCCAAAUAUUACCCAUGUUUUUUUUUUUUUUCUUUUUUUUUUUUGACCCUGUCACUCGGAUAUUUAGUCUGCUUUCGCGUCUCCAAACUAAACGGAACAGUUAUGAUUUUGCGGAAUAUAUCGAUCCUUCCAGCCAAUUGAGCUAGCUAAUAGAUUUCUACCUAGGGGAGGCAUGGUGGGGAAAGGACUGAGCUAUAUAUCCCUCAAUCUUCCAGAAUCUCAGUCAGGGACGAAUACGCCAAUGGGUACUUAUUAAAUAUCACGAUUCAAAGUGUG